AUUAAGAGAAUUUUCAUUUUUCUUUCUUUCUUUCUUUCUUUCUAAGUUCUAAACAACAAUACUUUCUGCAAUGGCUAUUCGUUUGCCUAGUGUUUUGAGUGCUAAGCACAUUCUUCGCCGGCAAGCUUCCGCGACAUCAAUGGAAGUUCCCAAAGGAUACUUCGCCGUGUAUGUAGGCGAAGGCGAAAAGAAGCGAUUCGUCAUACCAGUGUCAGUUUUGAAUCAACCUUCUUUUCAAGAACUACUUAGCAUUGCAGAGAAUGAAUUUGGAUUCAGCCAUCCAAUGGGAGGACUCACAAUUCCAUGCUCACAAGAUUUGUUCAUGAGUCUCACAUCUACCUUAUGCUAGAUUCUCAUGAACAACCUCCAAAAGUAUAUAAAUAUAUGUUCUGUUUCUUUUCUUUCUUUUUUUUUCCUUUGUUUUUUUAAUGAGGAUGGAUCAUAUUUUCUGUUUUUGCCUUGAAAGCAUGGGUUUGGAAAAAUUUCAACUCAUGUAAGGUUUCAUUUAUACAGUGAUAUGAUACCUCUGAUAAUACAAAUGUAAUAUUUGAUAUGUAUUUUUCCUUUUUCUUUUUUUUUUUUAAAUUUUCCUCUUGUUUGUGCCAAAUGUGAAUUUGGCUUAGAAACAAUACUGCUAGAGAGAAAAUGGAAUGUUUUAGUUAUUUAAUCCAUUAUGGUUGUAGUA